AUGUCGGAAGUAGCACCAGCGAAACUUUCCAAAAAGGAAAAGAAAUCUAAGCAGUUUCGUAAAUCGAAGGAAGAAAGAGAUGCUGAUAAACUAGACAAGCAAGAAUCCAAAAAGAGGAAGUUAGAACAGGCCGAGGCCGAGGCCGAGGCAGAAGCAGAAGCUACAAAGCCGAGUGAUGCACCGAUCAAAUCCAAAGAUCAAGUGGGAUCUGUUGCAGAGAGUGGAUCGGAAGAACCAGCCAAGAAGAAGAGAAAGACAAGACGGGGCAAAAAGGGCAAAGGCUCAACCACCGGUUCUGGCGAGCCCAGGAGUCCACGAUUCAUCCUCUUUGUGGGAAACUUGCCGUAUGAUAUAAAGAAAGCGGAGCUCAUUGCCCAUUUCAGUAAAUGUGGCCCCGAUAGAAUCAGAGUACGAUCAAACAAAGGCAUUGCAUUUUUGGAAUUUGAUAAUGACACCAAGGAGAUACAGAGCAAGAUGGAGCUGGCUUUGAGGUUGCAUCAUAGUGAGAUUAGACAACGCAAGAUCAAUGUCGAGUUGACUGUUGGCGGAGGCGGCAAUUCCGAGAAUAGACAGCAGAAAUUGAAGGAAAAGAAUGAAAAAGCUGUUGAAAACAGGAGAAAGAUGAAAGAGGCGGAAGAGAAGAAGAAGAAGGAAAAGAGUAAAGUUAGCGAGCGGGACUUGGGUGGUCUACAUCCUUCGAGAGCUGCCUUGAUGCAGUAA